AUGCUAUUCUUUAUCACCGUUGUUGUGCUGCUGUCCAGUGUUCAAGCCAAUCUCUACUCGGAUUGCGGUUCAAAAUUAGCAACCCUCGAAAAAGUGCAGUUGAGCGGAUGUGCAGAGACAGCCAAAGAAUGCGUGUUCAAAAGAAACAGUAACUUCACAUUAAGCCUCGACUUCACGCCUUCAAAGGACGUGAAAGUCAUAGAAGCAGAACUACACGGUGUGAUCAUGAACAUGGUAGCGCCGUUCCCGCUACCACAACCCGACGGCUGUAAAAAUAACGGACUGACGUGCCCUUUGAAGGCCGGUCAAAAAGCGAGUUACGUGAUGACGCUGCCAAUUUUGAAAUCGUACCCGAAAGUGAGAGCCGUGGCCAAAUGGGAAUUGAAGAAUGAAGACCAUGAAAACCUCAUCUGCAUUUUGAUUCCCUUAAAAAUUAAAUAA